CGAACCGAGUGGAUCGGCGAGGGUCCAGCGCCAAAUUGGAUGCUGUGGUCCGGGCGAGCAUGCGACCGACGGACGAGCCCGAUGGGCGAUCUCCGUGGGCGAUCUCCGUGGGCGAUCUCCGUGGACAGCGGUGGUGGUGGCCGGGUGGUCAGAGAGGGGCGAGACAGUGUCGCCCUGUCGAUAUCGAUGCGCGAUGCCGAAGAUGCCAUCUUUCCAUCGCCCUUCGGAUGCUGGUCCAACGACACCCGGCUCUCGUCGAUCCGACAGCAAGACACCCGCAUCGACGCUCCCGACAGACAUCCCGUCGCCAGCCACAAGCAAUCCGCCCGGUGGACAAGCGAUCCCCAAGCCGCCAACGCAGCACAGCGGACGGAGCGAGCACAUGGCGUCCGGGCCAGAGCAGACCAGCCCAUCGUCGGCCAGCGCGCCAGCUUUGGCCUGGUCCGCAUCCCGUAUCGCGAGGCCCGAUAUCGCCAGGAGGACCGCAAGGGCAGGUCAUGGGAGCCUGUGUCGAUGUGGCGACGGGGGCAGCCAGGUUCAUUUGCUCCCCGCUGUCUCCGUGGCCUUGCGGUGGGGUCGGCUUGGCCGAGCACAAGCUGGCGCCCGUGCGGGCAGGCCGCUGCCCAGAAGCCGAGAGGGGGGGGUGCCAUGGCCAGUGUCGUCGACGCUCUUCCCACCAGGGAACCAUACGGCGCACUACGGCGCAAUACAGACGAGCACGGCUCGCACAAGCACACGCCGGCACAGUCGCCACAGUCGCCACGGCCGCCAUAG